AUGGUAUAAUAGAUUAAAGAAUACAACAAAUUAGAAGAAUUUUUAAACUCUUCACUUUAAUCUCAUUAGGUUCUCCAUAUUAGUCUAAAUUCCAAUAAAAUUGGUUCAACAGGUGCAUCAGGCUUAUGUUCUGCUUUAGCAAAGUGCAUUAAUCUCUCAAAUUUGACACUUAAUCUUAGUAGCUCCAAUAAAAUUGGUGCAACAGGUGCUUCAAGCUUAGGUUCUGCUUUAGCAAAGUGCAUUAAUCUCUCAAAUUUGACACUUAAUCUUAGUUUCAAUUAAAUUGGUGAUAAAGGUGUAUCAGGCUUAGGCUCUGCUUUAGCAAAAUGCAUUAAUCUCUCAAAUUUGACACUUGGUCUUUAUUUCAAUUAAAUUGGUGAUAAAGGUGCAUCAGGCUUAGGUUCCGCUUUAGCAAAGUGCAUUAAUCUCUCAAAUUUGACACUUGGUCUUUAUAAAAAUUAAAUUGGUGAUAAAAGUGCAUCAGACUUAGGUUCUGCUUUAGCAAAGUGCAUUAAUCUCUCAAAUUUGACUCUUGAUCUUCGUGAAAAUUAAAUUAGUGCAACAGGUGCACCAGGCUUAGGUUCUGCUUUAGCAAAGUGCAUUAAUCUCUCAAAUUUGACACUUGAUCUUAGUUUCAAUUAAAUUGGUGAUAAAGGUGUAUCAGGCUUAGGUUCUGCUUUAGUAAAGUGCAUUAAUCUCUCUAAUUUGACACUUAGUCUUUCUUCCAUUUAAAUUGGUGAUGAAGGUGUAUCAGGCUUAGGUUCUGCUUUAGCAAAAUGCAUUAAUCUCUCUAAUUUGACACUUGAUCUUAGUUCCAAUUAAAUUGGUGAUAAAGGUGUAUCUGGCUUAGGCUCUGCUUUAGCAAAGUGCAUUAAUCUCUCAAAUUUGACACUUAGUCUUUAUAAAAAUUAAAUUGAUGAUAAAAGUACAUAAGACUUAGGUUCUGCUUUAGCAAAGUGCAUUAAUCUCUCAAAUUUAUCACUUGAUCUUAGUAAAAAUUAAAUUGGUGAUAAAAGUGCAUCAGACUUAGGUUCUGCUUUAGCAAAGUGCAUUAAUCUCUCAAAUUUGAUACUUAAUCUUAGUGGGAAUAAAAUUGGUGAUGAAGGUGCAUCAGGCUUAGGUUCUGCUUUAGCAAAGUGUAUCAAUCUCUCAAAUUUGACACUUGGUCUUUAUUAUAAUAAAUUGAAUGAAUAAUAAGAAUUCAAAGUAAAAAGUAAGUAUAUUAAAUCAAAAAGAUUAGUCGUCUUUAAAAUAUAACUCUGAUGAUAAAUGAGUGGUGAAAAAAGAUGAAUAAAUAUUAAAUGUUUGAAUAAUUGAAUAUUAUAUGUUUUAUAAUAUAAUAAUUUGAAAAUGUUUUUUCUCCUUAAUUAUUAAUAGAUUUAAUUAUUGUUUUUUAUAUUUUUAUAAUUUAUAUUUUUUUUAGUUAAUAAAUAGC